AUGACUCCUUCGGAAAUUGCAAACAACGCUCUCCAGGCUACACUCGAGACUGUACAAUCGUUGAUGAAGCAUUGUAUGAAAUUAAAGGAAAGUGAUCCAGGCACGCUGACGUUAUCGGAUGAGAUCGCCAGAUGCCUGGCAAAAGAUUUGAAGCUUUAUGGGGGGAGUGCUACAUUGUUCUCCCCUCAGCUGCUAUCCUGUGCCGCCAUAGUACGGGAGCACUCCAAGGCUGGCAUCUUUGUGUCAUUGCCCAACUGGAAGACUGUCAUCGACAACGACCCGCGCAUUAAGAGUCACCCGUGGUUCCACAAGACUGUGGACUACCGCUCCUCCACCUUUGCAAAACCCCAACUCACCACAGUGCUGGCGGACUCCAUGGUAAAGACUCUUGCGGAAUCAAUUAGACCCCCUCAGCUCGGCUCAUGGAAGGCGACACAACUAGUUCCAUCAGCUGGUAAUGAAGUGCUACCAAGUAUGCCCAGGUUACAAACUCUGGGGGUUCCGGUAACAGAACUAAUGAUAUCAGACAUCCGAAGCAGUGCUGCCCCCCCAUUGGUAUUCCAGCCACCGACCUGCCUGCCACGUUCCAUUGCCCCCAUGAUGGUGAGACACGGUAUCCAUACGGCUGGAAGCAUGAAGACAGAGACAACUGCACAGCCCAGGAAGACGAAAAGGAAAGCGGAAGAGAGCGACAAUGACAGCAAAGAAGCAGAGGUAGCGCAUGGACUCACACCAACUCCCAUUUCCCGGAAGCCGAUUCGCAAACGGAAGAAGAAGUUUAUGUCGGAUGGAGGAGACGAAGGAGACGCUGGUACCAUCCAUGUUAAGGUGACUCUGACGCAGAAGACAUUGUCAGUAAAGACAUUCAAUGUUGUGGCUCCGGAUGCCAUAUUAGCAGACACCUCCGCAACAGAAUUGGUAAAUGACAGAGGUUUUUGGGAUGAAAAAACUAGGCCUGCCGGAUGGGGUUUGGAUUCCAACAUUGCCACAAUGGAGGUAGGCAGGCAAGCAAAUCUUUCCGUUCACUACCACUCCCAGAAAUGUGACAAAUGCGUCAAGUUGAAGGUUCCUUGCAUUGUUCUCCCUGACAAGAAGUUCGGAUGCAUCAGACUAACCUGUGCAAACUGCGAUGGGAUGAAGAUUGCCUGCACGAUCGAUGGCGCUGGUGUCCGGCAGAGGUUGCAAGUAAAGGUGGAGGAAGCUGUUGGUGAACCGAAUAUCAAUCCUCUUCCCAAACGUCCUAGGACAUGUGUGAACAAGUCACGCCCUGCUGUGAAAAAUCUGGCAAAAUCUUCUCCGGCCAAGACAAUGAAACCAGCCACUCGUUCGUCCACUCGUGUGGCUCAGACUGUUACUGUGGACAACCCGCUGAAUGAACAACCGACGAACUUAAGGCCUAAGCAUCCAGCUCUGCUAGCGCCCCAAAACAUGCAGUCGUCGGACCCUUCCAAACCAUCGGAAAUGGGACUCCCUGCAAUCAUUUCAAUGCCGGCUCCAUUGCAGCCACCAGGACCCACCAAUCUCCCGGAGCCUGAACCCAGCGGAAAAGACAUCUUGCGGAGCAUCCAGGACCUUGGCAGGAGAUUCGAUCUCCUUGCAACCAAUGAGCGGGUGGACGUGUUGGAUGCAAGGGUUGAUUUGGUGGAGGACAGGUUUGGAUGGAGGCUGAUGGUGCUGGAGAAACAGAUCACUGCAUCGGAUGCGUGUUGGCAGUCGGUCACGUCAUCGAUGGGUAAUCUGUCAAUGUCCUUGCAAAUCCAUAAGAAUGAUCCGGCCGCUCACCGUCCUGGCUCCUCCAAUGGUACCAAAUAUGCACCCCAAAAUGCCCCCGUUGAUGAAUGCCUGGGAAUCUCAACCGUUGGUAGGGAACGCACCCAUGAAUGCAAUUAG